AUGGUCAUGCAAAAUGGAAGGAUGAAGUGUGGUCAACGAUUCAGCAAGUUGGUAAUGAGGUGGUUGAAGGACAGGAUCCUGACAGUAACAUGGGCAGAGCUCAGGAAGAAUGAUGGGGAUCAAGAGAAGGUGAAGUCGAUAUAUAUUGGCAACCUGCCACACACUGUGACUGAAGAAAAGCUCAAGGAUAUGUUCAAGGCCUACGGAGAGGUUGAGCGGAUUGUGCUGCCACUGGGCACAGAUGGCCACAAGUACCGUGAGUAUGGGUUUGUGCACUACACUGACCGUGCCUGGGCCCUCAAGGCCAUAGAAGCAGCGGGACAGGAGAGGCCCGUACUGGAUGGCAGGGAGCUUUCGGUUGCCCUUGCAAAACCACCAGUAGUAUCUGAGCCGAGGGCGCCGGGCUUGGACAGCCGUGGUAGAGUGCCAGCCAGUGCUGGUUCAAGGGGCCCAGGUGGGCGAAAUCGGCCACUGGCACGGGCAGGCCACAGGGGCAUGGGCGGGGGUUACCCAGAUGCGUUCGAAGGGUACGGAGGGUAUGGAGGGUAUGGAGGUGGUGAAUAUGGCGGAGGCGGGUUUGGUGGAUAUGCUGCGGCAGGAGGCUAUGAGAUGGGUGGCGUCUCUUUGGUGCCGAUGUACCUUCCGAAUGGCCAGGUGGGUUUCGUGUUCCAGCAGCAGCAGCAACAGCAACAGCAACACCUCCAACAACAGCACCAGCAGCGACUGGGCCCUGCUGCUCCAUCCAGCGGUGGACCGAUAAGAAAGGGCGCUGGUCAGCAUUCGCACAGUGGUGGCCAUCGUGGGGAAAGGGGCUCGGGUGAUUACGCAGGCAGCAGCUAUGGCAGUUACGGCAGCUAUGGGUCGCAGCGCAACCAGAGGGGGCCUGGGCGGCCAUCCGGGGGAUCCUAUGGGAGCUAUGGGGGUUCCUCACGGGGCAGUGGGGGCUCAUCGCGUUACAGGCCUUACUGA